AUAUUCCAGCGAAAAAAUAUUUUGUUGAAAAGGACUGCUUUUUGUGUCAGUUGCACAAUAACUUUCCUGGCACUGAGAACUUUAGUCGAGAUCUUAAAAAAAAGAGUGAAUUAAAAUUAAAAUGGGUCAUCAAUAUCCAGUUACAAUACCGUCAGAUGCUGAAUUAAAAGUGCUGCCUGUAGCAGACCAGCCGGGUAUCGAAACGGAGCCGGUGAUUAUCAAGUUUCGGAGGUCGAUUGGUCACGGGGCCUUUGGGCGUGUGUAUAUCGGCACCGUAAACCAUUCCCGCAAGGCGAUGGCCAUCAAGCAGACCUGUUUGGACACGUCCAUCUGCUAUCGCGAGCCGGAGAUUAUGAACCGGCUGCAGGGACACUGCAACAUUCGGCACCUGCACAUGCACACGGUUGUACCGUUGGGGGAUCCGCCGCAAGAGUACAUGCUGCUGGUCAUGGACUACCUACCCAUGACCCUGGCGCAGUUCAUACGCCAUUCGCUGCAACGUGGUAACGGCAUUGACCUGGUCUACAUUCGCAUAUUCUCCUACCAACUCUUCCGGGGACUGGCCUAUCUGCACUCCAUGGGGAUCUGCCAUCGCGACAUCAAGCCCGAGAAUCUGAUGAUCAACGACCGCACGAUGCUGCUCCAACUGUCCGACUUUGGCAGUGCCAAGUGCCUGCGCGCGAAUGAGCCAAGCAUCACCUACAUCUGUUCGCGUUUCUAUCGCGCCCCAGAACUGUACGCCAAUUGUCAGUACUACAACUGUUCCGUGGACAUCUGGAGCGCGGGCUGUGUGCUGGCCGAACUGUUCAAGGGGGAAGCACUUUUUAGUAGCAUCCACCACAACGAGGAGCAACUGCGUUGGAUGGUUCAACUGCUGGGCACUGACGGCCUGCAGAGUGCCCCGGAGAUUCGCCAGAUGUGUGGGUUUAAGAAUCGCACACUUCCCUUAUCUAGACGUCGCACCUGGGAUAAGAUUCUAGGCAGGGCCGUGCCUCCAGAUCUGGCCGAGGUGCUGAACCGCUGUCUGGUCUACGACCCCAGUGCCAGGAUCUACCCCUUGUAUGCCUGUGCCCACGAAAGCUACGACGAGCUGCGCAGCAUGGAGUUCCUGGACAUGAAAAUGCCGAACGGCAACGAACUGCCGCCACUGUUCAACUUUAGCAAGUACGAGCUGAAGAUCCAUUCAGAAUUGUGGGUCCAUCUGCUGCCCCUGUGCCUGUACAAUAAGUACAAGCCCAACGAACCCAAAAAAACUAUGGGGACUUUUAAAAAAUACUUUCCCGUACAAACAAAAGAUGGUACCACUGUUUAAACCACUUGCUAAACCUGUUUAUACAUAUUUAUACUGUUUGCUCAUGACUUAAGCUUGUUGUUCCUUAAGGAUCUUAACAUCAAUGUUAACCAAGAAACCAUAGACAAAAAAAUCGUAAUCAUGUGUAUCAGUUGUAGAAUUGAUUUCAAACCAACAGAACGCCAAUUUCGUUGUUAUAUUUAAUUUUAAAACCCAUCUAGAACUCUGAGAAGACCGGGCUUUGUUAAUGGUUGGACUUUUCCCGGUAAACAUUAUGGUUACCGGCACAUUAAGUGUACAAUUAUUCAUAUUACUACAAAUUCUUUCACCGCCAUUGCACAUGAGCCAAGACGGGCAAACACAACAAUUGAAAAAUGGGAAAUGUUGGAAAUUGGAAAUUGGCCCUGCGAAGUGCUUUUGCAGGAGGUUUCGCCUUACGUUAGGAUUUUGACCAUGUACAUGGGAUUAUGUCGCUACACGGACACGGCGACAUUACCCUUGGAUGUUCACAAAAGAAAAAAGUUUUCCAAAAUUAAGUGAGACGCCUUUACACCACAACGGACCUUUUUACAGGUUCCCCCAGGCUACCGCCUGAACAUAACCUAAGUAAACCCGCCGGACAAUGUACGGCCAGCCUUCCUAAGGGAAAUAAUGCCACAGACAUCAAAUCUGUUAUUCAAAAAAGAUUUCAGAUCCCGAAUACGCAAGGCGGAUUCAGAAUGAAAUUCGCAAAUAAUGACAGUUUGGAAUCAUCAGCUAAUGUCCUCAAGAAAUAUCUGCCCAGGCUGGUGAAGAGCCUUAAUAAAAUUAAUCCUGAUCUGGUUGGUGUUGGAGGAGCAGUCGGCACAUUCCAUGGACUUAUUUUAGCCUUUAAUAUUAUUACUAUAUAAAAAACAAAAAUAAAACAUAUAUAAAGGGUA